UAACUACAAAACCCUAGUUUAUAAAAGAUAUCCUUCCGUCUCUCUUUAAAAACUUCUUUUGUGCCGCAUUUCUGAUUCGGCUCUCCAAACAAAGGAAGAAGAAAUAAUCGCCAGAAACCCAAAUCAACAAUGGUGAAGUACUCAAAGGAGCCCGAUAAUCCCACCAAGUCCUGCAAGGCUAGGGGGUCUGAUCUUCGUGUUCAUUUCAAGAACACUAGGGAAACAGCGUUCUCUUUAAGGAAGAUGCCUUUGGUCAAAGCCAAGAGGUAUUUGGAGGAUGUCUUAGCUCACAAGCAAGCCAUUCCCUUCAGACGUUUCUGUGGUGGUGUUGGUAGGACUGCUCAAGCCAAGAACCGUCACUCAAAUGGACAAGGACGUUGGCCCGCUAAGUCCGCCAAGUUCAUCCUUGAUCUGCUUAAAAAUGCUGAGAGCAAUGCUGAUGUAAAAGGUUUGGAUGUGGAUUCACUAUACAUUUCUCAUAUCCAAGUUAACCAAGCUCAGAAGCAGAGGCGUAGGACAUACCGUGCUCACGGAAGAAUCAACCCUUACAUGUCAUCUCCUUGUCACAUCGAGUUGACCUUAUCAGAGAAGGAAGAAGCAGUGAAGAAAGAGGCUGACACUCAGUUGGCACCAAGGAAGUCAAAGAAAUCUCAAGUUCUUCGUAGUGGUGCCUCAUCUUAAGCAGUAGAGAGAGAUGAGUCCUCAGAAAUGUAUUGAGUUCUCUUUGUGCCUUGUUAUUUUUACAUUAGAAACCAUUUUUGUUGCUUUUAGAUAUGUUUCGACUCUCAAUCAUAUGAAGAUUUUGGCUUAUGGCCGUGGCCAUUUUUUUUUAUUGCAAUUAGCUCAGUGAAUGUUUGUUUUGAGUGAUUUUAGUAGAAGUAGGAUCUACUAAAUUGAAAUAUUUUCUCUGAUGCUGUGCUAGCUGCUAGUUAAACAUUUGUUUUGAUGGAUAUCUUGUAGUGUGCAUCGUUGAAUGGUUGCAUGAAAUGGUUAAUCCAGUUCCUUAGGUUGUUAUAGUA